CAUCCAAAACCAUAGACAAAUGAAUUGUUCAAAUUUUCUUCUCACUAUUAGCUAAGCUAGAACGGUAUAUAUAUUCGAGAAUCUUGAUCAAAUCUUGUAUGAAAAGCCCUCUUGCAAUAAUGGCAGGCCUCAUCACAUAUUUUCAUAUCUUUUCCAUUCUUAUUGUUUUCUUAACCACGCCUAUAUCUACAAGAGUUGUCAUGGCGUCGCCACUGGCUGUCAAAGCAGCUUACUGGCCUUCAUGGACGUCAACUUUCCCGCCAUCAGCCAUAGAUACAUCCUUGUUUACUCAUAUUUAUUAUGCUUUUCUCAUGCCAAGCAACGCCACCUAUAAGUUUGAAAUCUCAAGUUCGACAUCUCUACUGCUGUCGAAUUUUACUACAACCCUCCAUCACAAGAAUCCGCCUGUCAAAACUCUUUUCUCUAUUGGUGGCGGAGGUUCUGAUUCUCUUCUCUUUGCUCGCAUGGCUUCAGAGGCAAAGUCACGUAAAGCUUUUAUAACUUCAGCUAUACAGGUUGCACGAAAUUUUGGUUUUGAUGGGAUGGACCUGGAUUGGGAAUUCCCUCGGAGCCCAAAAGAUAUGCAAGACUUAGGCCUUUUGUUUAUGGAAUGGCGACGAGCUAUCAACAAUGAGGCUAAGGCAACCCACCGAGCUCCUCUACUUCUCACGGCCGCUGUUUACUUCUCAGUCGACUUUUUCUUGGAUGAAGUCUACCGCAAAUACCCGGUGAGCUCCAUUAAUCAAAAUUUGGAUUGGGUUAGUGCAAUGUGUUUUGAUUAUCAUGGAGCAUGGGACACCUCGACAACAGGGGCCCAUGCAGCACUUUAUGACCCCAACAGUAAUGUGAGUACUAGUUAUGGGCUUAGAUCAUGGAUCAAAGCUGGGGUGCCGAGUAGCAAGUUGGUUAUGGGCCUACCACUUUAUGGGAAGACUUGGGAGCUAAAGGAUCCAAACUCUCAUGAGAUUGGAUCAGCUGCAGUUUCGGUAGGCCCAGGAGACGAUGGGGUACUGACUUUUGUCCAGAUAGAGGAGUUCAACAAGAAGAAUGGUGCCAAGGUAGUACAUGAUAUGGACACUGUAUCAACAUAUUCUUAUGUUGGUUCAACCUGGAUUGGGUACGAUGACGCUAUAUCAGCAACGUUGAAGAUUGAGUUUGCUCAGGCCCUUGGAAUUCGUGGCUAUUUCUUUUGGGCUCUUAGCUACGAUAGCGAGUGGAAAAUCUCUAGACAAGCUUCAAGAGCGUGGGUUCAUGGUUAAUUAAAAUUGAAGCUUUACUUCGAUUGAUUUGAGUACUGAUGAUACGGUGGGAAAUUUUUCGCUUUAUCUUUUUGUGCCUUCCAAAGUUGUUUUAUACAGUAAAUUAGAUAAUAAAAACGAUGACUAAUUGAUCAAUCAAGUUGAACGCUUGUAACUCAGAACUUUUUGAGUUUCUUUUAUUUCGAUCAAGAAACAACUAGAAAUAAUCCAUUUAUUUUUUUCAUGUAUACACUUGCAUGUUUAGGGGAUUGAAAAUUGCAAACCGAUGAUAGUUGACAUGCAUAAUUGACAAAUCAAGUUUAUUAGCAACACAAAGCAAGAAAGCGUAGAAGGAAAAGAAAAAGGAAAAAGAAACAGUUUCAGAAGGCUCCAGGCAGCCUCCAAAUGAAUCAUUCUCCAUGAAAGCUCCAGAUGAGAUUGUGAAUAUUUCAUCGGUCCGACUUCAGGUGCUACUAGAGUAUUCUUUCCCAUGCAUUUGAUGCUGCCGAACACAGAAAACAUAAAAGAAUUAGCCUACCAGUGUAUAAUAACAGAAUACAGAAGUAAUUUAAAGCUCCAUGAACAUGGUUAAUUGAAAGGCCAAUAUGCUUUGAAUGUUGAUUCAGCAAUAAAAGGUUAACGUGAGGUUCGGGGAAGUCUAGGGCUCAACCCCUAUUACCCCAAUGAUCAAGUAAUUUAAAUUCAAAUUAAUGGAAAUUGCCCCAGAUGAGAACCUACCGGUUG